CAGGAACGUCGUGGGCAAGAUAUCGUGACGCUUUCCACGAGAGAGCACGAUUGUUACUGCACGUUCGAAUAAUUUUACCCGGAUUUGGAUUUUUUGUGAAAUAUCCGCGACCUUCCGGGCGGUGGGAUUAGCUGCUAUUAGUAUUCUAUUAUUGAGAAAUUAAUAGUAGUCUUGUUAGUGUAGUGAUUAAGAUGUUAAGUGUUAAAAUUAUGCAGAAAAGCGCGACUGGCGCUCACAAAACAUCCAGUUUUUCCGGGUUUUUUAUGUAAGUAGAUCGGCGGAUUUCCCCAUGACAAUUGGCGAUUGGAUGUGAUAUGGGGCAGAGCCCGUCCCGGCAACGAGAUCGGCACUUGAAAGGAAAACUGUUUUCGUAUUUCGCCUGGAAAAGCAAAACUCGCAACUUGUACCCUCAGCAGCCGAUAAAGUUCCAAUUCAAAACUAAAAGGAGCAGCGGGAACAUCGUCGAGCCGGAGAGCAAUUCGCAGAUAAAUAACGUGCUUAAAUUGAACCGGAUUAAUGAAGAAAAGGCGCACUCGGGGAUUCGCCCACCCGCAAGGCCGAAAUCAGCCCCCAAUUUGCUGCUGGAGAGGGAAAAGAAAAAAUAUCGGGCUAAAAUUCGAAAACUCGAUAGCGACUGGUACUCAGAUAUACCUCAAUUUGGUUACGAAAUCGAAGACGUAGACACUUUUUUAAACAAGGCUACAAUCGAAAAACCGGCCAACAUACCGGUAGUUUUGGCGUUUCCUAGCUUAUUGUACAAGACGAGAGUCGGGGGUUACCAGGUGGAAAUAGAACUGCCAUUGGGGAUGGUGGUGAAUGCAGUGUUCAAGAACCAGCACUGGUUGUACGUGCAAACUCCCCACGCUGAAGAAGGUUACGUUAGCUAUGCAGCUUGUCUACCUUUAGGAAUCCUUCCGCCUCCAGACGAUACCACUUCGACGCCCUGCUGGGAAAGGAGCACGGACGUGUUUCCCAAACCGUCGGGAAAUAUGACGGACAGCGAGAAACUGAGCACGAAGUCAGACUGCGAGGGAAUCACGAAAACUAGGCACAAAAUAUCCAGGCACGCUUCGAGCGUGUGCGAGGAGAAGAGCAUCGAUAGAUUGUACCUUCGAGCGGCGAAAACCAACGCGAAAACGGGUAAGGAAUUGUACACGUUGUUGGUGAUAACGUCGAACUUUUGCGGAAGGGGUAACGACGAUAUUUUAGUGAAAAAGGGGGAUGUUGUGUAUCUGUUAGAUGCCAGUUUCAAGGGAUGGUUUUACGUGAAGGACAAAGAUGGAAACGAGGGGUACAUACCCUCGGCGAUUGCCGGGCACGGAUUUGUGUAGUUAUUUGUAAAUAAAUUUUCUU